CUUUCGAGUGCAACUGAAAACAAGAUGUCGUUUCUCUGUGUGUGAUGGAAUCAUUGCCUGACAAGAUCACAGAAUCUCAAGGUUUUCCUACAUAAAAUAACAAAAUCUAGGGGCUGUUGYAUUUGUGUUUGGUGAUGGAAACAAAGAAACUGCAAUCCCAACUUAACAAAGCAGAAGGUUUAGCACUAUCAACAAUGGCAGAUGAUGAUGGAAAGGAUUCAAGCCACUCUGGAGAAUUACCACUUAUAAAAGGAGAAAAAGCCCAAGCUUCUGCCAAGGAUGUGACUUAUUUGUGCCCCUUCAGUGGUCCUGUWAGAGGAAGUCUCUUUGUUACAAACUACAAGCUAUUCUUUAAAGCUGAUGAUGAUCCUCCAUUCUUUGUUGAAGUCCCUUUGUGCUCAAUCUUUCGAAUUGAGAAAAUAGGUGGCACUACAAGUAGAGGAGAGAAUGCUUAUGGUCUUGAGAUCUCUUGCAAGGAUAUGAGAAACUUGAGGUUUGCCCAUAAACAAGAAAAUCAUUCAAGAAGAUUAGUCUAUGACAAACUUACGAAUUAUGCAUUCCCAACUUCAUCUGGAAAGCCUUUUUUUGCAUUCUCAUUGAAAGAAGAAUAUGAAGUUAAUGGAUGGGAGGUGUUUGAUGUUGAAGCUGAAUUUGAAAGACUUGGGUUGCCGACUGAUUGCUGGCAUGUAACCAAGAUUAAUGAGAAGUAUGAGAUAUGUGAUACCUACCCUGCCAUACUAGGGGUACCAUCGUCAGUGACAGAUGAAGACAUCAAGAAAGUAGCAAUGUUUCGAAGCAGAGGCAGACUUCCUGUUUUGUCAUGGCUUCAUCCUAACAAUAAUGCCUCAAUAACAAGAGCAAGUCAACCAACUGCUGGAGUCAUGAACAGAACGAGGAACAAAGAUGAUGAAAAGUAUUUUCAGGCAAUAUUAGAUGCGAAUCCUCAGUGCCACAAGCUGCUUAUAAUGGAUGCCCGGCCAAGAAUCAAUGCUCUUGCUAACCAGGCUAAAGGAGGUGGAUAUGAAACAGAGGAAAACUACCAGAACACUGAGGUCAUUUUCUUGGAUAUAGCAAAUAUUCAUGUCAUGAGAGAAAGUCUUAGAAAGCUCAAAGACAUUUGCUUUCCAACAAUUGAUGAUGCUCAUUGGCUGACUAAUCUAGAAAACACUCACUGGCUAGACUACAUCAAGGUCAUAUUAGCAGGGGCUGUUCGUAUUGCUGAUGCAGUUGAUAGAUGUAGGACAUCAGUUGUAGUGCACUGCAGUGAUGGAUGGGAUAGAACAUCACAGUUGACUGCACUUGCUAUGCUGUUGUUAGACCCUUACUACAGAACAAUAAGUGGAUUUGAGGUACUCAUUGAGAAGGAAUGGCUGUCUUUUGGUCACAAGUUUACCCAGCGUUAUGGUCAUGGAGACAAGAACUAUACUGAUGACCAGAGAUCACCUGUCUUCCUUCAAUUUAUUGACUGUGUCUGGCAAGUCACCAAGCAAAAUAUGGAAUUCAAAAAUCCUCUUUAUGCACCAUAUUUACACCAGCAUGUUCUAUUCCCUGUGCCCAGCAUGCGCAGACUAGAGUUAUGGACUCAUUACUACAUAAGGUGGAAUCCAAGAAUGCAGGCACAAGAGUCUGAAGAACUGCGAAAUCGUGAGCUGUUUUGCCUUUGUGAACAGCUUCGUAACAAGUGUGAAGAGUUGCAGCAUGAGAUAGAUUCUCGAAUGACAGUGGAAGUCCCCUCCAAUCCAGAUGCUGUAUCAAUACACAGUACAAACUCUAACCCAAACUGGACUUCUUCUAAAGUUUGACAGCCUUAUUGAUCAUUAUUCAAAUGGACUUCCCAAAGCAUUCCUUUUAUUUCCAAUUAAUAGUCAUUUUAAUAACUGAGGAAAACAGGGUAGUUCCAGAAAUAAUGCAUCACCUCUUAGUUGUCCUGCAACUAGCUUCCUUCGAACUUCUUAUCAAGCUUAAGUCUAAAGUACUUUCUUUGGCUUCAGUUGGUAGUUGUGGGAAGUAUCAUUCAUCCUAUCCAAUAGGCCACGUUCGACAUUAUAAUAAAAUCCAAACAGGAUGCCAAGGCUCUCUGGAUUCAAAUGUCCAAAAUUGCAUUAAAUCCAAAAGCAUCAGUAGAUAUAGUGCUGUACAUUCAAUUAUUAUGUUGUUGGGUAGUAAACCAAUUAGAUUUUCCACCAAAACAAGCUUAAGGAAAGCUGUAAAUGGUACAUUAUUUUCUUCUUAUACCAAUAAAUGUAUUUGGUGAUCCACAUGUAUGUGUCAUAAAAAAUGAAGUGCCAUACAAAUUAAAGCUUCACAAUCAAAUCUGAAUUUUAAGAUAUCGAACGUGGCCUAUUCUCUCGGUUUGUUAAGGUUUACGCAUAAGCCUCUAAAAUAUGCCCUCCUUAGAGAAUGUAUUUUAGCACUUGUUUCGAGAGAAGUGAUAUUUUACGAAGUCAUGCAAAAUGGCAAAUCUUAGGCAACUAGUUUAAAAUUAAGUAGCAACUUGCUCUGACAAUGUUUUAAGAAAUUAAGAAAUAAUUUAUCUUAAUAUUGAUUUAUGUAAUCCUUUCUUUGUUCUUUUUUAUUACCAUUUUUAAGAAUUUAUUUAAAGUAAUGCAAGCUGCCUGGUGCUUUAAUUUCUGUAAACUUCUACCUAGUAGUAGCACUUUUUCUUAAUUUUAAUGUAAUAUGAAGUCUAGUAAUUAAGAGGCUGUCUCUGUAAGAACCUCAUAACCAUGGUAUAAUGUGACAUAAUAUGACAUUCCAUGGGAUAACAUGGAGUAGAGUAGCUGAGGAUGAAAUGAAAGGGAAAAUAUAAUGAAAUGAAAGACAGUGUGAUAUCAUAAACGGUUUUAUAAAUUUCGCAUAUUAAAUACUGAGCGGGUUUCACGACUAGUCAAAACAAAUCAUGAAACUCGUGGCAAAAAUGCCGGAACCGGUCUGUUGCAUAACGAAACUCUGUCCGCAGUCUGACCAACACGAAGAAACGUUUGGAGUAUGUCUGCUGUGUACAAUAAUUAUGGAUUUCAGGAUGUUGUAUUUUAUUAGACUUCUUCCUUAUUUAGUGCUCGUACAAUGCGAAAGCAGAACCCGACCUUCCCUGGCAUGAGGCACGAAUGCUGUCUCAGUUUUAAAUACUGUAAUGAAAUUACUGUAAUGAUAACUCUUGAUGUAUUUAUGUAUAUCUACAGAACAACCAACAUAGAAAUUUUACAUGUCG